AUGCCGUCUAGAGACACUGUCCUCCUCUUGGUCCUUGCCCACAUCACUGCUGUCAUUGCGAUAGUCCGUGGGUGGCGGGCUCUAUACCGUUGGGAGCUGGACGAACUUGCGGCCGAAAUGAGGCAGAUCUACUUAGAUGAGCAGUACAACGCCCGAUGGAGCAUGGUGGACUGGUUGGAUGAGACCACCGUCCAGCCCGACUAUUUUGUGUGA